CUUUUUCUUUUUUGUAAAAGAAGUAUUAUUCUCUUUCAACUUUAGAAGAUUGAGAUCAUUACUAGUAAGCUUUUGUUUGAUUCCCCCUCCAAAUUUGAAAAAGAAAAGAAGAACCAAACCCAAAUUAUUGUUCUCUCACACACUCUCUACCUCAGGAAGAAAUCUGAAAACCCUAACAUUAAAAUUCUUCAACAGAAAUGGCACCGGUCGAUCCACACUCUUACACUGAUUCAACACACCCAUUAACAACCCAUAUUUCUCUCUCUCUCUACUUCGAUUUCUCUGCCUCCACGAUCCACGGCACCGCUCUCUUUUCCCUCUCUACGCCGCACACCGGCCAUAUCUCAUUCGACACUCGCUCUCUCACUAUUCAUAAAAUCGCGGACCCUGUAACUCGAGCCUUAAUCCCUUUCUCUCUCUCCCCUGAAAUUGACCCAAUCAAGGGCUGCCACCUUACUCUCUCUCUCCAAAACCAAUCCUCGUUUCUCAUUCUCUAUUCCACUUCACCAUCUUCCUCAGCUCUCCAAUGGCUCUCGCCGCCGCAAACUUUUGGGAAGGCUCAACCUUUUGUGUAUACGCAGUGUCAGUCAAUUCAUGCUCGCUCUGUCUUCCCUUGUCAGGAUACUCCAGCUGCAAGAAUUUGUUACUCUGCAAGGUUGAAUAUUCCUCGCCAGCUGGCGGCCGUUAUGUCGGCUAGACAUUGUCAUCGCCGCGCCCCUGUUUCGGGUGAUGUUGAAAAUAGUAUCGACGAGGGUACUGAUUUUGAUUUGAAGUCGAUAUGGUGUGGUGAAGGUAGAGUUAUUGAGGAAUUUGUUAUGGAACAGCCAAUUCCUCCGUAUUUAUUUGCGUUUGCUGUUGGUGAAUUAGGGUUUAGAGAGGUGGGACCGAGGACUAGGAUUUAUUCUGAGAAUGUUGGUGAUGUGUUGGACGCGGUUGCAAGAGAGUUUUCUGGGACUGAGGAGAUGAUUAGGCAAGGGGAGAAGUUGUUUGGGGAAUAUGAGUGGGAGAGGUUUGAUUUGUUAGUUUUGCCACCCAGUUUUCCUUAUGGCGGAAUGGAGAAUCCGAGGAUGGUGUUUUUGACUCCUACUGUCAUUAAGGGUGAUUCCAGUGGGGCGCAGGUUGUGGCUCAUGAGUUGGCCCAUAGUUGGACUGGGAAUUUGAUCACUAACACGAAUAAUAACCAUUUUUGGUUGAAUGAGGGUUUUACAACAUAUGCGGAAAGGAGAAUUGUAGAGGUUGUGCAAGGAGAAGACAAAGCUGUACUGAAUAUUGGAAUUGGCUGGAGGGGUUUAAAUGAGGAAGUAGAGAGAUUUAAGGACAACAUGGAGUUCACUAAGCUCAAAACCAAUCAAGAGAAUGCAGACCCCGAUGAUAUGUAUUCACAAGUUCCAUAUGAGAAGGGUUUUCAGUUUUUGUGGCGCAUAGAACGCCAGAUUGGAAGACCUGCAUUUGAUGAGUUCCUCAAGAAAUAUAUUGCCACCUUCAAGUUUAAAUCAAUUGAUACAGAUAUGUUUCUUGACUUCUUGAAAGCAAAUGUCCCUGGAAUAGAGAAGGACAUUGACCUACAAUUAUGGACCGAGGGUACUGGCAUCCCUCCAGAUGCAUAUGAACCAGUUUCCAAUGUAUACACAAAGAUUAUAUCACUUGCACAUGAGUUUAAGCUUGGUACGAUGCCUGGGGAGGUUGAAGUUGCUGACUGGCAGGGGCAGGAAUGGGAGCUUUACUUAGAAAACCUACCGAAAUCAGUUGAAGCUUCUCAGAUCAUAGCCUUGGAUGCACGCUACAGGCUGUCAGAAUCAAAGGAUUAUGAAGUGAAAGUAGCAUUCCUCGAACUGGCCAUUUUAUCUGGCUGCAAAGAUUACUUCAGCGCGGUGGAGAAAACCUUAAAGGAAGUUGGGAGGAUGAAAUACCUUCGCCCACUCUACACCGCCCUAGUUCAAGGUACUGGAAAGGAAGAAGAAAAGAUUUUGGCUAAACGGGUGUUUGCAGAUGCUCGUGAUUGUUAUCACCCUAUAGCUCAAGGUGUUGUUGAGGCUAUCUUUGCCAAGCAUUUGUAGAAUGAUAUAUAGCAAUAAUAUCUGGAACCUAAUAUCCAGGCCAAACCUUGAUGUUUUGGGUCUGUCAACUUUGAUCUUAGAGAUCCAGGACGGUAAUAGUAACUUUUAUCUUGCCAAUGUUGGCGUUGCAAAGCAAGCUUUGCUGCCAAUGCUAAUCUUGCAAUGUUAAUGGAAACAUCAUAUUUUGACAGUGAAAAUUCCUCUUUUCAAUUGCCUUCAGCAUGCAAGGCUUGUGUA